AUGAGUCACCAUGGGGAUACUCCCGACAGCGACACAGAGGACUUGAACGAAUCCUCCCCAGAGCGUCCAGGAAACGAGUCUCCACUAUGGCCUGAACAUCCUUUUGGCCUCAAUGACAUGGUCGAAGAUAACGACGAAUUCUCCUCGCAGCGUCCACCAGAGAAUGAGCCCGAAGAAAUGGCUGACUCCGACAGGGACGGAGAUAACGACGAAUCCUCUGAAAGGGCCGAUGAUAUACCCCAGUCUCGAUAUCGUACUGCAUAUAGGCAUCGGAUACCAAGGCCGGCCCCAGCUCCAAUUAGGAUAGCUGCUCCCCCAACUCGUGCUCAACUUCACCAGGCGGACUACGAGCGAACAGCCCAGGCUCGACAAUACGUCAGGACCUACAGCCCCAUUCUUACACUCGAGGAGUAUAGAUUCUGGUUCAACCGAGCACAUUCCGAGUUUUUGAGACGGUUGAGAACCCAAGACAGAUUCUCAAUUCGACGAUCCAUUUACCUAGCUGUCCUGGCAGCUUAUGUUUCCUACGAUGACUUUAGAGUCUGGAAUCGCCUCUAUGGUCCGGUGGGCGCAGUUUUUGUCUCUGUGCUUGCUAAGAAGUCCAUAUGGAAGCUGCAAGCAGAGGUUCUAGCCUCGGUUAUUGAUGAAAUUCAAUUUCAAUGGAGAUUCGAGCCAGAGUCUAUCAAAGAAAAAGCUCCGAUUGUUGAUGGGAUGAAGUUCCCGAGUCCUAAUGAGCAAAAAGGAGUCCCUAUCCCCGCGAACGAGCCACAGGAUAAGGAAAACAACCCCACGCCCUCGGAAAUCCCAAGACCGCAAGGCAUUAAUCGAUCGCCUUAUGCAGGCAGCCCAUUACCAGGGAGUGCCGGUUCAGGGGGUCCCCAGCCAGAUCAACAGAAUAUCCCUGAAGAACGACCGAGGAGUCCAAUGAAUCCCGGGAACAAUUACAUCCCGGGGCGAAACAUUGGAAGAAAUGUUCCAAUACCUCCACCCGAGUUCAGUGGCCCGGGGUUGUCAUUUAAAAAGGCUGUUGAAGAUGAGAGUACCAGAAUCGGCACAUCGGGUGGCAUAAUCACGGCCGUGGCAAUGGCAGCUCUAGCAUUACCAAACGUAUCCCAGACGCACUGGGUCGCUCGAUCGUGCUGGACAUCGAGUAUGGUCACGGCACUUCUCGCGGUGUACUUCUCGAACGAUCAAGCUUGGACUAUCAGCCAUCUAUCCACAGAGAGAAAACUACGGGCUUGGAUCAUGGAUGUGGAUCCAGAGGAUGACUACGAAGAAGCUCUUCGACAAAGACUCAUGCAUCCAAACGGGAAGCCGUCAACGGUUAUCAUGAAUAGUAUAGCGCCAGCUCCUUCAUCCGCCAUCACGAUCUCGGCACCGUCAUUACUACUGUCGUCUUCACUUCUCUUACUUCUCUCUGGAAUGGGAGUUUACCUUGCGUUUAUUUGGACGUGGGAAGUAGACAAGGACGCUGGUACCGCCAGCAGGAGGGACGUUUUUGUUGUUUACAUAGUUACUUUGGGCGUCUCGUUGGCUACAGUUGGCUUCUUCUCGUUGGGCCGAGUCGCCGUUCCCAUUCGACAGACAAUCUUCAAAAGUAUCAUAGGUCUUCAAGUUGAUGCACGGAAGGAGGGACUGACGAACAGAGUGGAUAGAAAGGAGGUAUUCUUAUACCGGCAGCUACAGUCUGCGUACGAUACGAGGCAGUUGAUGGAACGCCAAGGAGCGAGAUUGGAAGAGAGGAUAGAGCAGCUGCAACAAGCGGUUUUAAGUAAAUAG